CUCGCGCCGUGACAUGGCCGCUCUAGAAAUAGCGACCGGCCGUCGGGCGGCCCAGAGUCGAAGAGCCCGAGCAGCGAGCGCGUCGGGAGACACCGCAAACGCACACACGCACACACACACGCACGCCGAUACGCGUAUGAAAUGUUUAUCAAUUACCGCGGCCCGGAUUGUUGGCGGAAUUUGAAUUUGAAUGCCGAUUGUUGCGCUGACAGUGGACUGUCGUUUGUUCGCGAGUUUUCCUGGUUUUCUUCGCCCGGCGGUUUCGGUUCUCCGUGCAGCAGGUGGUUAUUUUUGAGUUUACAUUCACCUGAACCGAAUCGGAUCCUACGGAGGUGAUAAGGGACUCGCCCAGCGCCUCGUCUCGUCCCGAAAUUGUGAUUUGAAAUUUUCUCGAUAAACCGAAGAAAAUAUACAGUGAUAUUAUGUAUAAUUUAAACGUAGACUUGGCGACGUCGGCGCAAAACGCCGUCAACAGCCUGCUGGUCGACGGCGCCGCCACGACGCCCCGCACGCCCGAAAUCCUCAACUCCCUCAUCGCCAUGACCAAUCCCCUGGACCAAUACGCCUUCGACGAGUCCGCCCCUGGCAAGAAACCCCCAAUCCGGGGGGCUUCCUUCCACACCAGCAGCGACUCCAACAGCUCCAGCAGCAGUCAAGUGGAAUCGCCGACGACGAACCCGCCCAGCGUCCAGCACACCUGCUCCCAGUUGAUAAAGGCCGGUUUGAAGUUGACCAUCGAACAGAAGAGGAGGCAUCACGGGGACGGGGAGGAUCUGCUCGAUUUGGAUAAGGUCAAAAGGAUCAAAAAGAACGAUUACAGCGAAUCCGAAGACGAUAAGAUCAAAACCGAGAGCGGGGUGAGUUUGACAGCCGAAGACGAAGAACGAAGACGACGGCGCCGCGAACGCAACAAAAUAGCGGCGACGAAAUGCCGUUUGAAGAAACGCGAACGAACGAUAAACCUCAUCCAGGAAUCGGAAACCUUGGAGACCCAGAACGUCGAACUGAAGGCCCAGAUGCAGGAGCUCCAGACCCAGAAGCAAACGUUGUUCGAGAUGUUGUCCAUUCACAGGCCGCAAUGCCAGCACAACAUCGGCCCGGUGACGCGCGACCACCUCCACCGGCUGCCGCCCGUCGGCACCGUCAUCGACGGCCACCCCUUCGGCGAUCCGGCCUCGUACCGAUCGCACAACGGCGACUACUCGACUGCCUCGAGGCCAUCCAGCCACCAUCACCACCUCUCUUACACCAAGCUACGCCCGCCGCCUCCCAGCAUCGUGGUGGAGCAGAUCGGCGGCGAUUUCGAGCUGGCGCAGUUCACCGAUUUGGACGGCGGUUAUCCGUACGGCGCCGCCUCGCCCUGUCACGGGGGCUACGCGGGACAGGGGUACAACAACGGGGGGAUGGAUAACGGUUGUAUGGCGUGAUUGAUGGUUCGGGGUUUUAUCGCUAGGUGGCGCUAGAGGGUUUCGUUUAUGCAUAGAGUUUGUCUAGAGGGAAGAUGACUAUGGGGAAGUCCCUAGUUUGUCUCUAAAUAAGUGAAGAUGACAAGGGGGAAGUCCCUAGUUACUCCAUAACAAUGUGAAACUGUUAAUUUGGAGUUUGUGAGUCAUAUUUUUUGGGAGACAAACUGUAUAGGGUGUUAGUUAAUCGGAUGUUUCGAUACUUCAGGAUGUGAAUAUUUGGAUGGUUUUAUUGGUAAAUUUUAAGAAAAAAGUUUAUGUCAAUAUAUGUCCUUAAACAUCUUAGUGUUACAGAUAUUUUUAGGAAAUUUUGGGCACAAUUUUUAAUUAUUAUGGAGCAUUUUUUGAGGCAGAUUUUUUUUUAAUUUUUACCAGUGACGACUAUAGACAAUUUAUUAUGUUUUUUUCUUAAACUGUAACACCCUUUUUGCUCGAAAAUUAAGAUGUUUUGAA